GGGCGCUGAGGCGGCGGCCAUGGAGCGGCUGGAGCGGAGCGGGCGCUGGCUGCGGGCCGCGCUGGCCCGCGGGCGGGUGCGCCGCCGGCUGCCCGCGCUGCUGCUCGCCAUCGCCGUGCUCGGCUCCGUGCUCAAGGACAGCGACCUGGUGCCCGACACGCCGCUGCAGAACAAGCGCAACCCGCUCAACGUAUACUUUGUGAAGGUGGCCUGGGCGUGGACGCUGUGGCUGCUGCUGCCCUUCAUCACCCUCACCACGUACGAGCUGGCCCGGAGCAAGUUGCUGUACGGCCGCACCAAGAGCGCGCUGCUGGUGCUGCGGCGCCUGGGGGCCCUGCUGGUGGGCACGGCCGUGUGGUACCUGUGCACUGAGCUCUUCAUCUUCGUGGAGAACCUCACCGGGGAGUGCUCCCUGCAGGGCAAACCCGGCCAGCCCCCCCGGCUCUACGCCUCCAAGCGCGAGUGCCAGCAGGACAGCGGCGUCUGGAACGGCUUCGACAUCUCGGGGCACUGCUUCCUGCUCUCCUACUGUGCCAUGAUGAUCCUGGAGGAGCUGGCUGUGCUGGAAGCGCUGGCCAUAGAGCACAGCUCCAAGCUGCGUGUGGUGAUCAACGUCCUGCUUGUUUCCCUGUGUUCCCUCACCGUGAUCUGGGUGUUCAUGUUCCUCUCUACUGCCCUGUAUUUCCAUGACUUCAGCCAAAAGCUUCUCGGUGUGCUGAUAGGUCUGUCAGCUUGGUAUGGGACAUACAGGUUUUGGUAUUUAAAGCCCUUUUCUCCUGGACUACCUCUUCCAAAUAUACCUUUGAGUUCAAAGAAAUACAGCUAUAGCAGAUAAAAUAAGGUUUGAAAUGUUUUGGAUUUUGCUUUCAGUACUGGAGUAGUUGAAUGUAGGAAUGGUUACUGUAUUUCCACUGUAAGGAACAAGGUGAUGGGUUGGAGGAAACCAAAUCUGUACUAGCCAUUGGCUGGCAGGUGGUAAUGAGCUUCUUCCCUGGGAGAAGAAAACAAAUCAGGAUUGGAAGAGGUCUGCUCUUGUUUAGGAGCUGCCAACUGGGAUUGUCAGCAAAGAAAUCAGAAGCAGAAUCUCUUUCUCUCACUGAUAAAUGGAGUAGCAGACCCAAGGCUAAAAGAGGCCUUUGAUCUUUAGGAGUGUGAUUGAUCUCAGUUAAUUCUCCCUCUUCUUUUUUGAAUUAUGUCAAGAUACUGUGGAUGAUCCAAACUUCAGGCUUUUUUAAAUGUUCCUAUUUGUAUUGCCUUAUGGGAAAGCUCUAAUAAUCACAGUGCUGCUAAGCAUUACAAAAAUAUCAAUUCUUGUGGAAAGCGGUUCUGUUGUGAAACUGGAACAUCUCAUGUUCUCAAGUGUUAAAAACACUAACUUGCCAGAAAUGCCUCAUAGCUGCUUCUGCAGCAGAGAGUAAACCUGAGGUCCAGUGUCUGAAGCAGACUGUGACUCUCAAUUCAUGCCAUGUCCAAAAAGGAAACUCUUGAAAAAACAAGCCUUAACUUUCUCCUUAGGUGAGGUAGAUGUAAUAAUAUUUUGUCAUUUUAUUCUUGACACUAAAAAAUCCAAACUCCUUUCUGUUUUGCUGAAAAGCCUAGUAUGAGGAUUGGGGUUUUAAUUUUUAAAAAAUCUAAUCCGCUGCACAGUUUGCAACAACAAAUUCCUUGGGUUUGUUCUUUCUUCUAGAGCAACAGUGGAAUUCUGGUGUUCUGAACGAGCUAGCUUAUCCUGCUAUUUCCCAAAUAGUCUGCUUGGUAGUGAGUGAAAUACAUUGUUUAUCCUGGGAGGUGCAAAGCAGAGUGUGCUUGAAGCAAUAUUUAUUCUUGCAAUACCAAUAAGCUAUUUAAUUUUGAUUGCACGUAAAACUGUGGCCGCUUUUGAUGUGGCUGCAAACCCACUACUGAACAAAACACUGCUAUGAGAUAAUGAAUAGGGGUGAGAUGGGUUUGCUCAUCUUAUCAGUCAGAUGUUUCGCAUAGUUUUUAUCUCCAAAAGCUUUUAAUUAUUUCCUAGAGGCUCAUUCAUGAUGCAGUUGCAUGGUGUGUUUGACAGUGAUGACAGGACAGCCAGGAAGGUCUGGGGGCAAGGCUGUGGGUCACCUCCACUGACCCCACAGUGCGGUCAUUCAGACUGCAGAGUGACUUUUUCUGGAUACAGGGUGUGAUGCUCCGUCAGGCAAUCUUGGCAUGUUUUGCCAUCUCAACAGCUCUCUUCCAGCAAGAGAGUGGAAGCAUUUGCAAUUCCUCCAGCAGUGUUAGUUCCAUGCUCUGGUCUGCCCCUGAGGAGAGCUAAAUUCACUGGAAUUCCCAUGAAUUCGGUGGCAGGUGGGAGCUGUGUGUCCCUAGAAAGAACAAUUCACCUCUCAGAAAGGAGCUAUCUACAGGGUUAUGUAUUUUCUGUCAAACUCCUCUUGGUUUUGUAUUAAAUUGCCUUUUAAGCUGACUCUUUGAAAAUUGCACUGAUUAACUCAUAUUGGGUUUAACUAAAUUUGUUUAAACAAUGCAAAUAUAUUUGCAGACACUCUUUUGAUGUAAUUUAAGCCUACUCCCAAUAGAGCUAAGCUAGACUGCAAGCCACUUUCACCAUGAAAAAGGAUUAUAUACCCAGAAGGUUUUAUGAUUAAUUUCAUUAAGUUCCUAUUUUAGGUUAUCUUUAUGUAACUUUGCUGUAUAGACAAGCCCUUGGAACAGGAAGUGCUGUUUACUUAAACCAACUGACUUGCUGAAAUGAUGUUCAUUUUCACAAAUGUUUUGUGCAAUCGCUGUGGAUAUUUCUGUCCACUUUAACCAGUGUCAUGCAGAUUAUUUUUUUAAUGGAAAUAACAUAGGAUAUGGUUAUUCUCUUAUUUAAACAAUGAAAGAAAAAACAUUUGAAAACUUUA